AUGGAGUAUCAAUGGAGUCCAUGCCUGCAAACAUUGGAAGAACACCGAGAAUCGGUAUAUUCGGUAUCUUUCUCUCAUGAUUCCAAGCUCCUUGCUUCAGCAUCCCACGAUAGUACCGUCAAAAUAUGGGACACCGAAAGUGGAGCAUGUCUGACUACUUUUGAACACAGUGACAUCGUACAUGGUAUGGUUAUAUCUCGCGAUUUCAAGCUCCUCAUCACUGUAUCGACGUCUAUUCAUGGAAAAUUGCGAUCUACUUUCAAUUUGUGGGAUAUGGAGAAAAACAAUUGCAUCAUCAGUAUCGAGGAGAGUGAUGGCAAAUUGAGUUCUGUCGCCUUCCACGAACCAGAUUGCAUUGUUUGUGGGUUAGACAAUGGCAAUAUAAAGUUUUGGGAUAUCCGAACCAGAAAGUGCUCCAGGGUUAUAAAAGGAAAUGGAGCUAUAGUUUCAGCUGUUACAAUAUCCCAGACCUUGGGGCUUCUUGCAUCAACUUCACAUGGCGAAGCUAUCAAAAUCUGGGAUCUUCUCAGUGGAAAAUGCGUUCAAACUCUGGAAGAUAAACCGACCGAGGCGGUUGCCUUCUCGCCCGAUUCUCUGCUUCUAGCAUCGGGGUUGGCGAAUAAUAGCAUCAAGCUGUGGGACACUGGCAAUUGGGAUUGCAUCCACACUCUUGCCCAAGAUGCCACUCCCGAAAUAGAUUAUUGGACUACUACGCGCAUGGGUUAUUGGAGUACUGGGAUACGAUCAUUGGUGUUCUCUCAUGAUUCUAGGCUACUUGCCACAAACUCAAGCUCAAGAAGUGAAGCUAUCAAUAUAUGGGACAUUCGCACCGAGCUGCUUCUUCAGACCUUCAAAGGUCACCGACUCUCUGUUCAUUCGGUUGCCUUCUCUCAUAACUCACAACUUCUCGCCUCGGCCUCAGAGGAUAGAAGCAUUCGGGUAUGGGACGCCACCAGCAGACAGCGUCCAAAUGAUUUUGAUACCCAUAACUCAUGGUCUGAGCCUUGCUUUUCCCAUGAUUGCAGACUUCUUGCCACUAUCGAGAGCUAUGAACCCUAUGAUAUCAAGAUAUGGGAUGUUCAUAACGGAAAUUGUCUUCGAAUUAUCAAUGGCUGGAGUGGCGGCAGGGUUUAUGAAUUGAUGUUCUCGCGUGACCUGAGACAUCUAGCAUCAUCAUCAGAAGAUAAAAAGGCGCGAGUCUGGGAUGUCAGUAAUGGGAAAUGUCUGCACAUCAUCGAGCUUUACCACCUUGAAAGUUUGAAAAGCUUCUUUUUGGAUAAUACAGAUCUUGAAACUACUAUUCAUCUGUCUUCACAUUUUGCUGAAGGUCCAAGUUUCAUUGAACAUGGAGCAACUUCUAAUUCUGAAGGUCUGGGAAUGAGUGAAGAUGGAAAAUGCGUCACGUGGGACAAUGAGUGCUUGCUCUGGCUGCCACUGGAGUACCGACCAAACACCCUGUCGAAUGUUUGGGAAGACGGAGCCGUCGUAGGGUCGAGAUUAUGUAUUGCAUGUGCUUCAGGGCGAAUGAUUUUCUUCAAUUUUGAUUCCUAUGCGGUGUCAAAACUCCUUGAGACUUCCAGGGCCAAAGAACUGGCGUAUCCUGAUGCUUUACCGAGAACACACAGCCUGGAAUUGCGACCGCCAGCCUGGUUUUCAAGAUGA